AACUUAUUAAUGUGCGAUAUCUGCAGUCACACACAAAUCAUUGCGAGUUUUUCUUGAAAUAUUUAGCAAAAUAGAAAGGGCAGCGACUAUAUUGAUAGAAGGCCCUUUUACACGGAGGAGACAAAACAAAGCCUGAGUUUUUAUUCGUUAUUGUUUUGCAAAACAGGAACAGGUUAGCCUUGAAUGAAUUUAUCGUUUUCACACAUAUGACAUCCGACCAUGACAAACUUGUCUUGUUGUUUUAUUCACGUAUUAAAGCAAAACAAUUCAACAUUUAUUAACUUGGAAGAAAUCAAAUGUUUCCUAUACUUUUGCGUUAUGUUUUUCGGGCCUCAGGUCGUAGAUGAUUUAUUUCCAACUCUCGGUGAACGCAACCCGACCAUAGACAUUGCUAUGGAAACAGAGUAACGCUUGGCUAACUAGCUAGCUAGCUGUGGGAGAGUGGUAAACAAACCAUCUUAAGUCGACUUCUCAAAUGGAGGAGCGCUACGCCUUUCUUGCUGAGUGGUAUGAUCCAUGUGCUACCCUUUUGCGACGCUUCCAACUACUAUAUUAUCCUGAAGAUGGUUCAGUGGAAAUGUUUGAUGUGAAAAACCGGCGCAUCUUUUUGAGACGUACCAAAUGCAAUGAACUUCAUCAGGAGGAUUUGUUUGUUGGGAGUCGAGUGAAUGUGUUUUCUCGUCACCUCAAUCUGAUUGAAUAUGGAGACCAAUAUACCGCCAACAAACUCGGCAGUAAAAAAGAGAGAACUCUUGCUAUGAUAAAGCCAGAUGCAAUUACCAAAAUAGGAGAUAUCCUUGAAAUGCUGUAUAGUGUCAACUUGAUGGUGACCAGAGCCAAAAUGGUAAAGCUAACAUGGGAUCAAGCAGCAGACUUUUACUUGGAACAUCAGUCAAAGCCUUUCUUCAAUAACCUGGUGCAAUUUGUGUCCUCGGGCCCUGUGAUUGCCUUGGAGCUGAUGGGUGAAGAGGCCAUAUCUGUCUGGAGAGGGCUUUUGGGACCUACAGACUCUGCGGUUGCACAGUGGGAGGCACAGCAGAGUGUCCGUGCACAGUUUGGAACAGAUGGCGUCAAAAAUGCAGGACAUGGGUCUGACUCAGUCGCUGCAGCAGCAAGAGAACUUGAAUUUUUCUUUCCAUCCACAAUGUGCCAUGGUCCAUCAAACACAGCAACCUGUGCUGACUGCACAUGCUGCAUCAUCAAACCUCAUGCAAUAUCAGAAGGCAUGACGGGGAAGAUACUGAAUUCUAUAUUUGCUGCUGGAUUUGAGAUUUCAGCCCUUCAGAUGUUCAGUAUGGAUCGAGCCAAUGCAGAAGAAUUCCAUGAAGUUUACAAAGGGGUUAUGACAGAAUACCCUAGUAUGGUCAGUGAGCUUUGUUCUGGACCCUGCAUGGCCCUGGAGAUCCGAGGCAAGGAUUCGCCAAAGACAUUCCGUGAAUUUUGUGGGCCAGCCGACCCAGAAAUUGCACAAUAUCUCCGACCGACCACGUUGCGUGCUCUUUAUGGCAAAAGUAAAGUACAAAAUGCUGUCCACUGUACAGAUCUCCCAGAUGAUGGUGUUUUGGAGGUGCAGUAUUUCUUCAAGAUUUUGGAUGGCUAACUGCCAUGUCAGAUAACAAAACAAAGGUUACAUUAACUGAAAGACUUCCCCACAUACUUAUUUUUCUCUUUAUUUGUUUCAGUCUUAUCCAGAUUAAAUAAAGUUACAAGAGCAGAUGGACUCCUGACAAGUGUUUUGAUGUUCAACAUUGAAUUAAGCACUUUUACACCAACAUGACAUCCUUUAACACGGGAUACUGCAUUGCUUCUGAUCUAACUUUUCACCAGCGACUUUGGUAUUUGAUUCAUACUUUCACACUUUUCCUGCUGAGAAAAAAAAAUAUACAACUGCAUAAAUAUAAAAUUCUUCCACCAUGAAAAUGGCAAAAAAACAUUCAAUGGAAAGUUACACCACAUCACGUGAUGUCUCCAGCAAAACAAUAGAUUUUAGAAGCAAAUAGUUCCCACUGUUUCCAUGGAGAUGACUUCCAGGCUGGGCCCAGAAAAGUCCACGUUUUGAAUUAAGAGAAAGCAGUAUGUCAACGGAAAUGUCAUUUAACCCUGUGCCACAGCUAAAGUGAUACCUAAAGGAAAAUGUCGAAAUGUAUCCUUCCGCAGUCAACUCAAACAUAACAGGGAAAAAAGGAUUCCUUGGAGUGCAGUCAUUUACUCAUACAUGGGCCUACAAGGAUCAGAGUACCAUGCCAGUAUUUCAGUUGGUAAGAGCACAUACGUACAUAGUAAACACAUAUCUACAUACUCACAAAACUAACACGCUCACACUAGAGGUCUGCAAGCCCAUCAGGUCCCAAAAGGUCCUGACACACUGAGUCGAUCCGGGCCAGGCUCGGGCCAUUUUUUUUAUAGAUUGGACUCAGGUCGGAGUAGGGCUCAUAUACGUGCAGAGCACACAUAGGCCACUGUACGAAAUAUUGUUAUAUUGAUGAUACAUAUUAUA